CCAACUCUUCAACCUGAAAUCAAUUUCAUCCAAAAGCCCAAUAAGGCAAUAAUGAAUUCCUCGAAUUACGAUGGUGCCAAGAUUUUGAUCGGGAAACAGGAAACCAGCAAAGGGUUUGUCUAUGGUGUUCUUAAUCGGUGCCAGUUUCAGUUUCCAAAAAUAGAUAAGGUAGACCCAAAUGCAUUCAAGGAAUCAAAGGAUGCUUAAAUUAGGAUUCCGAAUAACAGUUACUGGCUUUUUCGACCAUACCUCUCAGUGCUGCUACGUAUAUAUAGUUCGGCGAAGGAGCAUAUUCUUAAAACCAGUCCAUAGGCAGUCUUUGCCACCGUGGUGAAGAUAACUUAAAUAAUGCCAUUGAAAGUACACAAGGUUGACUCCUUUAGUAAAAAUGCUUCUUCAACGAACAAAUCAGCCUAGAACCAUGUCCAUGGAUGAAUUUUUAGAAAUGAUUGUUGUUGAAUUAUUUCACCAACUUCAUCAUAAAAAAGUGGCUUAAUGAUGAACUAUUCAAGGUGGAUAUGAUUUUCUCAAGCAUUUUGCUUGAUUUAAUUUGAUACUAUUCGAGAAUCAACUUCCUAAUGAACACAGAAGGAUGUGGAGUUGCUUUGCCAGCCUGGAAUAAUUAGUAAUUUUUUGGGUGAUAAUGCAGCAGUUGCGACCUAUAUUUAACAGGCUUGGAUAUAAUGUAAGCUUCUCUAAAGAAAACGUUCUUUUAUAAAGAGUUAUCUAAUGAUAUCAACAGGCUUUACGUACAGUUCACCUUGGAUCGAAAGCAUGGCAAAUUUAAGGCACCAUUACUCCAACAGUCCACGGUCAUUCAUCUCUUUCCUUACUGCACUCUUGUUGCUUCUCCUUACCCUUCUACAAACAAUAUUUACAAUCUCCCUUCGGUCUUGAAAGUGCAGGAAACCAAAAUCUUUCAUCCAUGGAUUUGGCUCUUCAGCAUAUAUAUGAAUAAUGCAAUGACUCCUUA